GCCUACAUAUACAUGUGAACAUCCCUUUUUCUGUCAUUUCUAAGAACUAGCAAUAUGCAUUGCUGCUUUAUAGAGUUUUAUAGGCAAAAGGAGAGGUCCAUACCUGCCAAGAGCUUACUCUCUGGAAUAGGCAAUGAGGAAGCGGUAUUGCGCCAGGAAUGUUCAAGAGCAUUCAGCGUUUGCAAUAAAGGAACAAGCUGAGAGCCACUUAGAAAAGAGGGACUUUGGGGAAGACUUUGAAGCAAAGGAGCAAAUGCCUCCCAUGUGCUUAAAAAAGCAGUUCCCAGUGGCAGGAAGUGUCUGGAGUGAGUACCUUUUAAAAGCUAGACGAACCAAGCCCCUCAGUUGGUGGUACAGGGUGUGCACUGUGCCAGGGAGGUCUCGGAAUAUCAGCCUGACAGGAUGCAGAUGUGAGCUCCAUUUGAGUAUUAUGGAUUUCAAUGGCUUGACUUUCAUCAUGAGUUCCGAGUUAAACGUCCCUGUAGACCCUCCUCCUUCCACCUGUUGUACUGAGCCCGCUGGCAAGGGCAUGGAUUACCGGGACUGGGUCCGCCGUAGUUAUCUGGAGCUAGUCACCUCCAACCAUCACUCCGUCCAGGCCCUUUCAUGGCGGAAAUUAUACCUGAGCCGAGCCAAGUUGAAAGCUUCCAGCCGGACCUCUGCCCUCCUCUCUGGAUUUGCCAUGGUGGCAAUGGUUGAAGUCCAGCUUGAGAUGCAGUACCAGUAUCCCCAAAUGCUGCUGAUUGCCUUCAGCGCUUGCACCACCAUUUUAGUUGCUGUCCAUCUCUUUGCUCUACUUAUCAGCACUUGCAUUUUGCCCAAUGUGGAAGCAGUGAGUAACAUCCACAACCUGAACUCUAUCAGUGAGUCUCCCCAUGAACGUAUGCAUCCUUAUAUAGAGUUGGCAUGGGGCUUCUCCACUGUUUUGGGCAUCCUUCUCUUUCUUGCUGAGGUUGUUCUCCUAUGCUGGAUCAAAUUUCUGCCAGUAGACUCCAUGUUGAGAAAUGAUAGUACUGUUAUCCAGAAGACCAGCCAGCAUACAGGCUGGCAUGCAGCCCUCAUCUCUACUAUAAUUAUGGUUCCUGUGGGGAUCAUCUUUGUUGUCUUCACAAUCCAUUUCUACCGCUCGCUUGUCCGCCACAAAACAGAACGCCACAACCGAGAGAUUGAAGAGCUUCACAAACUGAAAGUGCAGCUAGAUGGGCAUGACAGGGGUUUGCAGGUUGUGUGACAAAUGGAUGCCUUUAUGUUCCUACAUUCAUGUCCGGCUGAGGGUUUUCUUAGCAGAAGUUAAAGGAAAGAGGCAUGAUAGGUUCUUUAGAGGCCUGUCCUCCUUUGAUGCCAAACACUUACUUGGUUGCUGUUCAUUGAGGCCCAGACAGACCUCUCUUGGGUCCUUCAUUUUGCAGCCAACAUAACCAUGUUUAUAAAACUGAAAGCUCCUUACAUCUGGGCAGUUAUUCUUUCCAUUUCCAGAACUUGAAAACAGAUGAUAUAGUUGGAUGGUUGUAAUGCAUUUAAUUGCUGUUAGUUUUAGUAUUUUUUGAGGGAAUGCAUGGAAUAAGGGAAAAGUCUGUUUGCCACUGCUCCCUUACUGGCAAGGUUUACAGACAUUACUUUGGAAAUGAGUUUGCACAUCACAAUGUGCAAACACAUGCUAUGGAAAUUGUGAAAUGCAUCUGCUUUGUGAUCUCUUACACAGGGAGUACUUCUGGACUAAUGACAAGGAUACAUUCAAUUUGAGCCAAGAACUUUCCUCUGCUUGCUUAUGUUUUCCUGUUUGUUUCUCAUUUCAUGCAGCCUCUGUAACAGGGUUUCUCAACCAAGGUUCCUUGGCACCCUGGGGCUCCGCGAGAGGUCACUAGGGGUUCCCUGGGAGAUCACGAUUUAUUUUAAAAAAUAUUUCAAAUUCAGGCAACUUCACAUUAAAGAGGUAAAUUUAAUUUAGAUUAAGAACACUGUUAAUGCAUAUAUACAGGCCUAUACAUGAAACAAAUAUAAUAAUUUUGUAACUUGUGGCCUAUAUUUGAGCCUGAAUAUGCAGGGGUUCCCCGAGGCCUGAAAAAUAUUUCAAGGGUUCCUCCAGGGUCAAAGGGUUGAGAAAGGCUGCUCUAUAAGGUAGAUUUUUCUCAUUGAAAAAGAAAAAAAUACACUUAGCCCAGAAGUCCCAGUGCUUUUGGAUAAUGGAGAUUUUUAGAAAGGGUGGCACUACUUUUCCUUCUAAAUAGUAAUUAUAAAAGAAAGAGAUAUAUACAGUAUGUAUAUUUAGAAAUCUCUCUUGAUUGCGUAACAAAGUUGUGUAUGUAAGGUUGUAGCUUAAAAACACCACUGCCCUGGAGACACAAUUUGUUAUGCUGCACAAGGUCUCCAAGCUGAUACAGUUCUCCACUAACAGAGGACAGCUGGGAUAUGAAGUCUAAAUUCUGCUUGAUGCACAAGGUCAUUUUAUGAUAUAGAAGUAGUAGUGACAUGGUAUGGAUAGGAUUUGGAAAAGGAUCUUGCCUUUCUACAAGCCCAAGAAUUCUUGUUCAUACUACAGUUCUGCAUAUUCAAAGAAUUCUAGCUAAGUGAAAUGUGGAUGACCUCAAUUGGCUACAGUCUGGGAAAAUUAAAUUCUAUGUUAUACACCCUAAUUUAUUAAUAGGGGUUGAUCCUAUAAGUAAACAUGCAUAAUAUUCAGGUGCAUUUCAAAACACUUGCCCUAUUCAUUAUUCAGAUGAGAUAUAAUGUCCUAUUUCACAGAUAUUACGUAUAAUCAGAAUUACUACAUUUUGCAGGUAAAAGGAUAAUUGUAUGAUGGAUUAAAAUAUGCUUCCCGAAACUCUUUUCUUAUGCAAAAUAGGGAUACUUUGAAAAGGAAAAAUAGCAUAUAAUCAUAAAAUAUAAUCACUGUUGCUAAACUGUUCAAUGGUCAUAUAUACCUAAUGGUUAUACCUCAUCCCUUCUUUUCCAUGUUGUUUGCUUGCAGGACAUAUUAAUUUUAGUAUAAUUAAUAUAUACAUUGUAUGUGAUUUUCUCUUAUAACUUCUCUGCAAACACAUACUAGUUGUGGAGCUGCAUAAAGUGUCAGUUAUUAAAUACUUCAAAACAA